CGAAAGAGGGGCUCUAGAUGCUAUGUAGCUAGAUCCCAGGCGCUUCGUACAGUGCGAGGUCAUGGCCAGCACAGACAACACCAACCCCUCUACUCAGCAGAUUGUGACAUUAGACUAGAGAAAUCCCUUCACUUCAUAAAGAAAGACUGUCUCAGAUGACAAUAGAGCGCUCUCUCCUCUCUCCUCUCCCUUUACCUUCCGUUGUUUGCGUCAACACACAGGAUAGUCCCUCCGACUUGGUUGUGUUUGACUGAGUGACUGAGUGACUGAGCGACUGACGGCAUCGACUCGAAGCAAUCAAGCGCACUGUCUUCGGUUCGUUCAACAGUGCCGCUGCCGCAAAUGCAUCCAUCCAGGCCUUGCGCAGCAUCUUCUCUCCAACGCAACAGCGCACCCAUACCGCCCUGGUUCCUCACACAUCCUUCAACCACACACAUGCCCCUCAUCCCAAGCCUGACUCUUUCCUUCUCUUCCCCACCAAACACAACCCAACACAGCAGCACCUCUCCCUCCGCGCGCCCAAGCCCAAGCCCAAGCCAGAGCCCAACUCAAAGCCACCUCACCCAGUCCAUCAUAUCCAACCACCCCUCUGUGGGCGGGCCAAGCAAACCCACCCUUCGGCGCACGAGGCAAACGCACUCACGCCUCACGCCUCACGCCUCACGCCUCACUCCUCACUCCUCACUCCUCACGCCUCACGUCUCACCACUCCUCACCCCCGCACUCGCCGCACCGCGCGCGCACGAGCCGCCGCCGCACAAUGUGGAAGGCGCCGCAGGGCAGCAGCGCUGCUCGCGCGCAGUACUGCACGAAGACGUGGUAUUCGCAGGCGCAGGCGCUGUAGCGCCGGAGCUCGAAAUCGCACAUUUGGUGUUGUGGUUUGUUGUUUGUUGGUUGGGGUGGUGGGGCUGGUGGUGGGGAGGGUGUUGUGUGUGUAGUGUGGUGUGUGGCUUGAGGUGGGUUGGUGGUUGUGCGUGGUGGUUGUAGUUGUAUGUAUGGAAGCAGGUGGAUAUGGAGCAAGACGAAGAAGAAGAAGAGGGAGGAGGAGACGGCAGUGUCGAUAACAAAUAAAGCAGAUUGAGUGAGUGAGUCCUUAAAGCAAGGCAGGCCUCGUGCUCGUGCCCCUCACCCCGCCAGCCA